GGAAGGGAUGUGAAUUUGUGCUCAAUUUCCUGCAGCUACAUCAUCGGCGAGCAGCAGUCGAGGAACUCCAUUCCAACUGAAUGGCUUGGCAUGGGGAGAAGCGGACCUCACAACCUGGCUAGGCGACAGCUGUGGAACUGCGUGUCUCUCACCAUGGUGCUUCUCUCACUGCUGCUUAGACCAGCAUGUUGCCAGCAGUGUCGGAUUCAACGUUGCAACGCUGAGUACGUGGCCUCGACAUCGCCCUCUAGCGGCUUGCCGGAGGAGGCCCCCGCGGACAUGGACUACUGCACGGCGCUGCGGGCCUUCUCGCUGUGUACCAGGCGCACUGCGCGCAGCUGCCGCGGUGACCUGGUCUACCAUUCAGCCGUCUUCCGCAUCAAGGAGCUCUUCUCCCAACACAACUGCUCCAGCGAUGGGCCCACGUCCUCAGCCAGGGCAGCCAGCACCCCGCGGCCGGCCGCCUCGGAGAUGUGUGACUACGAGAGCCGCGCGCUGGCCUCGGGGCCUGCCGGACUACAGAAGAAGUACGCCCACUGUGGAUUAUUUGGUGACCCGCACUUGCGGACAUUCCGCGACGAGUUCCAGACCUGCAAGGUGGAGGGUGCCUGGCCCCUUAUUGACAACCGCUACCUGUCUGUGCAGGUGACCAACGUGCCAGUGGUGCAGGGCUCCAGCGCCACUGCCACCAGCAAGAUCACGGUAAUCUUUAAGGCGUUCCGAGGCUGCACGGAGCAGAAGGUGUACCAGGCCACUACAGAAGACGUGCCAUCUGCAUUCCUGGAUGGCACACGCAGCGGUGGUGAGGUGGGGAGCCUGUGGAUCGCAGAGCGCAACGGCCCUGGUGGCCGCCACAUCAGGAUCCAGGCACGCCACAUCGGGACCUCUAUCAUCGUCCGCCAGGCAGCGCGAUACCUCACGUUCGCCGUGCGUGCGCCCGAGGACACGCUGGACUCGGCCGAGGAGGCUGGCGGGCUGCAGCUGUGCCUGCAUGGAUGCCCACGCAGCGAGCUCAUCAACGAGCACACGCUGAGCCGGCAGGGCCUUCAGCCCGGAACUGAGGGGGGCGGGGUUUCCAGCAGCCUGGGACCCGCACCGCGCGAGCCGUAUACUGUGGCACGGGCCACAGCCAAGUGCCGAGAGAUUCUGCAAGUGGAGGAUGUGUACUUCCAGUCCUGCGUCUUUGACCUGCUCACAACAGGCGACCCCGAGUUCUCGAUGGCGGCGUAUGGGGCCUUGGAGGACCUCAAGGCCAUGCCCCCCAGCAAGCUGAAGCAGAACCCGCCGCGGACUCCGAGACUGUCGAACACAGCCAUCCCAUGCUCGCAGAGCAGCUUUACCACCGCCGCCUCCUUCUUGAUCCUUCUUGUAGUCGUACUGCUGCUUUUGUAAAUGAGUUAAGUAGUAAUAAAAAUGAAAGGAAUA